CGAAAGACAAAGACAUUCUAGAGGGAGAGAUGGAGUAGUAGCAAGUGAAGUUAUUGAGCCCACCAACUUUUGGUCCACAAGUACGAAAACCCAUUCAUUUCCCAAAUUGGGGCUGCGCAUCUCGCGUCACCAAAGAAAGACACUGGUCAUUCCCAAGGCCAAAAUGGGAAAAGUGAAAAGUACAUAACAACCCCGCGAGGGGGCGGUUACACACAUAAAUGAUGGGCCGGUGAGAAAAGGCAACGCAGAGAUUUGCAGAGAGAUAUGGACGUGGAAGGGAUAGAGAGAGGCUUGAGCGAGGCGAGAGAGAGCUUCGACGGCGGGAAAACCAGAGGAAUUCCAUGGAGGAAAGCACAGCUCCGGGCCGUACUCAAUCUCCUCUCCGAGAACGAAGAUUCGAUCUUCGAAGCUCUGAAACAGGACCUCGGAAAGCACCGCGUUGAAGCUUAUCGCGACGAGGUUGGUGUUCUGGUUAAAUCUGCAACCACUGCAUUGAACAAUUUUGAAAAAUGGAUGAAACCCAAAAGGGGAAAAAUACCAAUUAUUUACUUCCCAGCUAAAGCAGAAGUUAUGCCCGAGCCACUGGGUGUAGUACUCAUAUUUUCAUCAUGGAACUUUCCCAUCUCAUUAUCUUUAGAUCCAAUGAUUGGAGCAAUAUCAGCUGGAAACACAGUAGUCCUGAAACCUUCCGAACUAGCACCAAAAUGCUCUUCUUUUCUUGCUGAUAUGAUUCCUCGUUAUUUGGACUCUAAAGCAAUUAAAGUCAUUGAAGGUGGAAGAGAAAUAUCUGAGCAUCUGCUGCAACAACAUUGGGACAAGAUCUUUUUUACAGGGAGCCCACAAGUAGGGAAAAUCAUCAUGACUGCAGCUGCAAAGCACUUAACCCCAGUUACUCUAGAGCUUGGAGGGAAGUCUCCAGCCAUCAUUGACUACAUACCUAAUUCAUCAGAUCUAAAGGUGGCAGCCAAGAGAAUAACUAGUGCGAAGUGGGGUGCAUGCAACGGCCAAGCAUGCAUAGGAGUUGAUUAUGUACUUGUAGAAAAUGGUUUUGCUUCAACUCUGAUUGAAGCGUUGAAGAAGUGUAUCUGCAAAUUUUAUGGAGGCGACCUGAAAAAACUAGAGAACGUUUCUAGGAUUGUGAACAAGCACCACUUUGAGAGAUUAAGAAAUCUUCUCAGAGGCCAUGGGGUUUCAGAUUCGAUUAUUUAUGGCGGUUCAAUAGAUGAAGAAAAUCUGAUAAUAGAACCAACGAUAUUGCUGAAUCCUCCACUUGAUUCAGAGAUCAUGACUGAAGAAAUAUUUGGCCCCCUGCUCCCUAUAAUUACGCUAAAUAAAAUUGAAGAGAGCGUCAAGUUCAUAAAAUCGAGACCGAAACCCCUCGCACUCUAUGCGUUCACAAAAAAUGAAGUCUUAAAGGAACGAAUCUUACAUGAGACAUCCUCUGGAAGUGUUGUUUUCAAUGACACUAUGGUUCAGUUUGUAUGUGAUGCAUUACCAUUCGGAGGUGUGGGGAGGAGCGGGUUCGGUCGUUACCACGCGAAGUAUUCAUUUGACGAGUUCAGUCACGAAAAAGCGGUGUUGCAUAGGACCUUUUACCUGGAGUUGGAGCCUAGACACCCUCCAUGGAACAGCUUUAAGCUGGAGUUUGUCAGACUGGUAUAUAAAUUCGACUACUUUGGACUGGUUUUGCUCCUGCUUGGGUUGAAAAGGUCAUUCAGAUCACGUUAGCUCCCCCCCCCAAACUCCCUUUUGCCAAUUUGGUUCAUGUUUUCUGUACUAUAUGUAUUUUAAGUAGUAUUUGUUACUCCGAAAUUUCGAUAUGUUUGCUGCAGUGGCUUGUCUUGGAUGCAUUUUGCUAGUUGUACACCACAAUUUUGUGCCUCACAGAUUUCUCAACCUUGUCUCUGAGAACACACAAAGAGUUGUUUAUGCACGAGUCGGGGCGGACAAUUGUGGUGUACAAAAAGCAUUUUCCAUGUCGAGAUUGGCUCUCAGUAUACAUACGAAUUUCACCAAUAAAUUUGUAAAAAAAAAAUAAUUUAUUUAUUUACUUUAGGCCGUCUGUAUAGAUUGCAGUAUCUCUUGCCUUGUCUUACAUACUUCAAUAAGGAAUGGCGAACCAUAUCGUGUGGCUAAUUUACGCGGGUAAUUUGUACCUUACCAUAUACUCCGUAUGUAUUUGAGCUGAUUUCAAUAUAUUCAUCACUACUCA